GAAACUUUGUCGGCGACCCGGCUUCUGCAUCAUCACGUCACUGGGCCGCAUGACAUGUGUGUGUGGCUGAUAAACGUCACUGGAUAGAAAGAGGACAAAGUUUUAGCUUCGCAGUUUUCACAAAGUCACAUUUCAAGCGACAAAAUGCCCAGGAAGGCGAAAGAGGAAGCGGAGUGGGUGGACGAUGAAGUCGCCCCGGCAGCUGAAAAAACUGUGAAAAAGGGGAAGAAAGAUAAAAAGGGGAAAAAGAGUUUCUUUGAGGAACUCGCCACAGAUAGCAAACCUGAGAAGGCACAAGAGGCGGCUGUGAAAGAGACGCAAGGCAAACAGCCUCAGAAGAAGAAGAAAGACCGGCGGAAAGGAAAAGGUGGAGAUGCAGAUGAGGGCGAUGAUGACGACGAUGUCAUGGUGAAGCUGAAAAAGCUCUCGGUGCAAGCAAGUGACGAGGAGGAGGAGCCAGUGACGCUCCCCAGUAAAGGAAACAAGAAGAAUAAGGGUGGAAACAUCUUUGCCGCUCUCAGCCAGAGCCAGAGCGACGAGGACGAGGAUGAAGAAGAGGAAAAAAAGGAGGUUGACAAGGACAAGAGAAAAGAGAAAUCUAAACCCGUGAAGGCUGCAUCUGAAGAGGAGGAGGAGGAGGAGGAAGAGGAAGAGGAAGAGGAAACUAUAAAGAAGACCAAGAAGGUGGAGGCCAAGUCCAAGUCUCCAGAAAACGAGGACGAGAAGCCGAAGAAGGGGAAGAAAGAUCAGCACAAGAGAGGGAAACCUGCGGAGCGGCCGCGCAGCGAGGACGAGGAGGAGGAGGACAGCGACCGAGGCGACACGAUGAUGAGCGCCGAGGACGUGAUCGCGGAGCAGGCCAAGCAGCAGGACGACGACCCGUACGCCAACCUCAGCAAGAAGGAGAAGAAGAAGAAGAAGAAACAGAUGGAGUACGAGCGACAGGUGGCCAGUGUUCGUGCUCAGAACGCCUUGGAGGGAGACUUCUCCAUCUCCCAGGCGGAGAUGUCGUCCAGACAGGCGAUGCUGGAGAACGCCUCCGACAUCAAGCUGGAGAGGUUCAGCAUCUCUGCUCACGGCAAGGAGCUGUUCGUCAACGCCGACCUGCUGAUUGUGGCCGGGAGAAGAUACGGUUUGGUCGGACCCAACGGCAAAGGAAAGACGACGUUACUGAAGCACAUAGCCAACAGAGCUCUGAGUAUCCCCCCCAACAUCGACGUGCUGCUGUGUGAACAGGAGGUGGUGGCUGAUGACACGCCGGCGGUGCAGGCGGUGCUGAAGGCAGACACUCGCCGUCUGAAGCUGCUGGAGGAGGAGAGACAGCUGCAGGCUCGUCUGGAGAAGGGAGAGGACAGCGUGGCUGAGAGGCUGGAGAAGGUGUAUGAGGAGCUGAGGGCGAUCGGAGCUGCAGCAGCUGAGGCCAAAGCCAGACGGAUCCUGGCUGGUUUGUCCUUCACCCCUGAGAUGCAGAACAGACCCACCAAGAGGUUUUCAGGAGGGUGGAGGAUGAGAGUUUCCCUCGCCAGAGCUCUGUUCAUGGAACCCACACUGCUGAUGCUGGACGAACCCACAAACCACCUGGACCUGAACGCCGUCAUCUGGCUCAACAACUACCUUCAAGGCUGGAAGAAGACUCUCCUCAUCGUCUCCCACGACCAGAGUUUCCUGGAUGAUGUGUGUACGGAUAUCAUCCACUUAGACAACCAGAAGCUCUACUACUACAGAGGGAACUACUUGACCUUCAAGAAGAUGUACGUGCAGAAGCAGAAGGAGCUGCAGAAACAGUACGACAAGCAGGAGAAGAAGCUCAAAGACCUGAAGGCUGGUGGCAAGUCAACCAAACAGGCUGAGAAACAGACUAAAGAGGCUCUGACCAGGAAGCAGCAGAAGGGCAAGAAGAAAGGAGGUCAGGAGGAGGAGAGCCAGGACGCCACAGAGCUGCUGAAGAGGCCUAAAGAAUACACCGUCAAGUUCACCUUCCCCAACCCGCCUCCGCUCUCUCCGCCCAUCCUGGGACUUCACAGUGUCGACUUCGGCUACGAGAGUCAUAAGCCUCUCUUCAAGAACGUGGACUUCGGUAUCGACAUGGACUCCAGGAUCUGUAUAGUUGGACCCAAUGGCGUUGGGAAGAGUACGCUGCUGCUGCUGCUCACCGGGAAGUUAAACCCUACUAAAGGAGAAAUGAGGAAGAACCAUCGUCUGAAAGUUGGCUUCUUCAACCAGCAGUAUGCAGACCAGCUGAAGAUGGAGGAGACCGCCACAGAGUACCUGAUGAGGAACUUCAACCUGCCCUACCAGGACGGCAGGAAGUGCCUGGGUCGCUUCGGCCUGGAGAGCCACGCCCACACCAUCCAGAUCUCCAAACUGUCCGGGGGCCAGAAGGCGAGGGUGGUGUUUGCGGAGCUGGCGUGUCGUCAGCCUGAUGUCCUGAUCCUGGAUGAACCCACCAACAACCUGGACAUCGAGUCAAUCGACGCUCUAUCGGAGGCCAUCAAUGAAUACAAAGGAGCUGUGAUCAUCGUGAGUCACGACGCCCGGCUCAUCACAGAGACUCAGUGUCAGAUGUGGGUGGUGGAGGAUUCCUCCGUCAACCAGAUCGACGGAGACUUCGACGACUACAAGCGGGAGGUGCUGGAGGCGCUGGGAGAGACCAUGGUCAACAAGGUCAACCCGUGAUCACUCAGAGGACACGCUGCCGCGCUGCACCGUGUCCCUCCAUCAUCGGCUACCUUCACCACAUCUGGACCGGUCUUCACGUCCGAGUCACAGGUUGCAGCUGGACAGAUACUGGAGUGUUAAUCUAACAUUAAAAAUGUCCUGAUAAUGAUCUGUGGUCGACAGCUACAGAAGCCAAACAAUAAAAUCCAUUUUUCAUCA